UCCAUCAGAAAAGAAAAGAGAUGAUAAACCCAGAAAUUUCAAAACCAUGAAAUCCUUAAACCAAAUGUCUUAAACCAAUUUUCCCAUCCGAAAAUCAUGAUCAUGGGAAGGCUCUCAAGCGUUUUCCUUUCCGUGAAGCUCCCCCAAAACGACGCCGUCGCGGCAAAGCCAUCUUCAUACUCAACGCCGCCGCCGCAACCAACUUCGAGAAAACCAGAAGCAAAACUUAGCUCUAAAUCAAAGGAAAACGCGUGGUGUGUUUAUCUCAUCAUUUCCACAAAUACCCCCAUCAAGACCUACGUCGGAGUCACCACCUCUUUCUCUCGCCGUUUAAAACAACAUAAUGGUGAACUUAAAGGCGGAGCAAAAGCAACCCGCUCUGGAAGGCCGUGGAUUUGUGCGUGCCUGAUUGAAGGUUUCAAGGACCAAAGUGAAGCUUCAGAGUUUGAAGCAAAAUGGAAAAUCUUUUCUAGAAAGUCACCUCGCAAGAAGAAGAAUGAAAGCACAGAAAAUCAGGUAAGAGACUGCUCACUUCUAUUGUUACAACACAGACAAUCAGCUUUAAGGAGAGUUGAAGAUUCAUUUGAUUGCAGUCAUUUAGAAGUUGACUGGCAUCUCAGUCCUUUCUGAUUUAGAGAUCCCAAGGUGACUGGUAUAAUCUCUUGCUUAAUAGUAGAUUAGAAUUUCCAUUAGACCAGGAAGGUCAAAUCUUGUAGUACCAACAUGACAGUAUCUCAUAAUUGUUGUAUAUUCAUUUGAUGCUUGUUGUAAUAAACUACAGUAUUGGUUCAGGAGCACACCAGAUGGACAGGACAAGCUAUUCAAUUGUAAUUUAUACCAUUUUUUUCACAUACAAAUCCACAAUUUUAAUGGUUAUUUCCAUAUAUUUCCUUUAAGCUACUUUUUAAAGCCCUUUCUGGACAACUUGUGGCUGCUAGCUGUUGUCUUGAUCAACUAGAAAUUGUUCCAAGAGAGAGCUAAUAGGAAAAAUUGACAUAUUGCAUCCAGAUGGAGCCAAAAAAAAAAAAAAAAAAAAAGAAAGAAAGAAAAAAGGGAUAGUAAGAUCCGUGCUAAGAAAUAGUAUCAGACAAAUCUGCAGUCUCAUCUAUAAUGAAAUCUUCUUCUACAAUGAGUCUAAUAGAACAGCCUGAAUGUCUUGUAUUUAGUGCGUUUGUAACUUAUAUUGACUAACAAUAAAUUCAUGAUAGCUCACAUUGUCAUCAUUUGUCUUGGAAGCACUUUGGAAGAAAUUUUUCUUUAAGAAAGCAUGUUGGCAGGGCCACCACUAUCUAAUCCAACUGUUUAAAUUCAUGGUGAAACUAUUUUGCUAG